AUGAAGUUUGGGGGGAAGGGGAUGAUCCAGCUGAUGGUACUGCUGUACAAUUGGGUGUGGAAAAACGAGUAUACGCCAAGUAGAUGGAGGGAAGGAGUGGUUGUGAACUUGUUUAAGAAAGGAGACAAGACUGACCCAGGAAACUACAGGGGGAUCACACUGUUGAACAUAGUAGGAAAAGUGUUCUGUAAGCUGCUGAACGAUAGGAUACUGGGAGUAUUGGAGAAGGAACUUAACAUUCGUGAGGGCCAGGCAGGUUUCCGAAAGAAGAAGGGGUGCGUAGACCACGUAUUCNGUACGCCGAGUAGAUGGAGGGAAGAAGUGGCUGUGAACUUGUUUAAGAAAGGAGACAAGACUGACCCAGGAAACUACAGGGGGAUCACACUGUUGAAUACAGUAGGAAAAGUGUCCUGUAAGCUGCUGAACGAUAGGAUACUGGGAGUAUUGGAGAAGGAACUUAACAUUCGUGAGGGCCAGGCAGGUUUCCGAAAGAAGAAGGGGCAUACAUACGACACCGUAUGGAGAAAUGGGUUGUGGAAACAACUGUCCAAAUACGGGAUCAAGGGGAAAAUGUGGAGAGUGCUGAAGAAGAUGACAGAGUGUACGAAAAGCGCGGUCAUGCUAGACGGAGAACUGUCAAAAUUCUUCGACAUUGAGCAGGGGGUCCCACAAGGUUGCACGCUGUCCCCAACAUUGUUCCAGGUGUUCAUCAACGAUCUGUUGGAAGUCGUAGAGGCAGUCCGGAAGGGAGUAAAAGUAGGGGACACGGAAACGUCGGUUUCAGGAAUGCUGUUUGCGGAUGAUUUUGUCGGUAUGUCGGACAUCCCUGAGGGACUGCAACUGGCAGAACUGGGGAUCCAAUCCCUACGGUCGGGAAGAGACGCGAGGAAGCUGACCUGGCAGUAUCGCAUGUGCGGGAUGGGAGAGGAGAGGUUGCCGAGAAUUGUAUGGGAGGCGAAGUGGGCAAACAAAAAGAGGGGUAGACAACCCACGGAAUGGGUCAAGGUUGUAGAGGACGUAUGGAAGGGGCUCGACAUCGACGAAGAUGAAACGCUGGAAACGGAGGGUCUACAGGGGUUCAAGGAGAAGAUAUCUGUUGCUUGUGCCGUGAAAGAAGAACAGAAUCUAAGGAAAGAAUCCAAGGAUAAGGAAGGUCUAGAAGUGUACGGGAUGUUGAAGGAAGGAAAAGGGUUCAAGGAUUACCUCCAUGGACCAAUGGAUGCAGGAACAAAGCUUUUGGUCAAAUUCAGGACCGGGGACAUCUAG